AUGUUCUCCACCACACUCGCUGCCACAGAAUCUUUUUCCUUACAUACCUCGUUGAGCCUUUCUUCUGCUGCCAUUCAUGAGCAAGAAGGAACCACCUCCACGAAUACGAAUGGAAGAAAGAGAAAGGGAUCUCCAACAAGUUUGGAAGAAUUUACUCAAGAUUUGAUGAAUCCAAUGAUCUCCUCUUCCUCGUCGGUAUCUCAUCUUCAACAAGAGAGAAAACCAAUCAAGGCUUCUUCUUCUCCAAAGAGAACUCGAAGAACCUCUCCUUUAGUGGAAUCUCCAAAACAUUCUGGUUCCGUGAUGAUCAACAACUCGAAUAUGGACAUGUCUUCCUCAUCAUCCAGUUCUUCCUCAUCAUCAUCCACCGACUCUUCCUCAAUAAUUUCCAUCCAAGAGAAUAUCCGAAUGUGUUUACAAGAAUUGAGCGGAAUGGAAGAAUUUGGUUUGUUUGUGGAUGAUGAGAUGAAACAAGCUUUUGCUUUGUUGAAUUGA